AUGUCGGUGAAGCCUAUCCGAGAGCAUGCAGGCAAGAGCCUUCUGGAGAAGUACUUGCCAGAGGUCUCCGGCGGCAAGCACAAGAUGGGGUGUGCAGGUGUUCUGGUGACUCCCGCGGUGCUGGACAGCACUGGGAGCCAGACCUGGGACAGCAUUCUGCAAGCGAACCCAUGGCUGAAGACGACUAACUUGGUGGCCAAGCCGGAUCAGCUCAUCAAGCGCCGUGGCAAGGCAGGCCUGAUCGCCGUGAACAAAACUUUCGACGAGGCGAAGCAGUGGGUGAUGGAUCGUAUGUGCAAGGAGCAGCAAGUGGAGCACGUCACCGGGCAGUUGAACCACUUCUUGGUCGAGCCCUUCGUGCCGCACAAGCAGGAGCAGGAACACUACAUUUGCAUGCUGUCCCACCGUUAUCACGACGAGAUCCUCUUCUACCACGAGGGCGGUGUUGAUGUGGGUGAUGUGGAUGCGAAGGCGGAGAAGUUGGAGCUUCCGUUUGGCGAGACGCUGACGGAGGCCAUCGUGACAGAGAAGCUGCUGAGCAAGAUGCCGGCUGCCAAGAAAGCCAACAUGGCAUCCUUCGUUCUCAGCCUGUACAAGUUCUACACCGAUCUGCACUUUGCUUAUCUGGAGAUCAACCCUCUCGUCAUGUUGGAUGACAACACCGUGAUCCCACUCGACAUGGCUGCCAAGAUUGACGAGACUGCCAACUUCCUCGUUGCCCAGAAAUGGGGAGAAUUGGAUUGGCCUCCACCGUUCGGUCGGGCCGCCUACCCGGAG